CGGGCAGAGGCGGGACUGGGCUUCCGGAGAGCGACCAAUCGCGGUGCGCUGUCCGCGGGGCCUCCCGGGGCCGGUGGAGCCACUCAGCCGGAGAGCAGGGGAGGUGUUGGGGGUGGGGACACAAGGGUCCCGGAGACGCAGCCUGCCGGAGCGCGCAGAAGGCCUGGAAGUCAGCGCUGGUCCCCGGGAGACUUCGCUGCCGCUAGGCCGGGCGAAAAGCCGGAGAGUCCACCCAGCGCGCCCAAGUGCACGUCGGCCCCUCGGCGCCCACGGCGCGCGGAGCCUCGGACCAUGCCCGUAUUGGACCAGGCCUUUGUCACGCUGGCCACCAAUGACGUCUACUGCCAGGGGGCGCUGGUCCUGGGCCAGUCCCUCAGGAACCACAGGGCGACCCGGAGGCUGGUGGUGCUGGUCACGCCUCAGGUGUCCAGGCUGCUCAGGCUUCUCCUCUCCAAGGUGUUCGACGAGGUGGUCGAGGUGGACCUGAUGGACAGCGCAGACUACGUCCACCUGGCUUUCCUGAGGAGGCCCGAGCUCGGCGUCACCCUGACCAAGCUGCACUGCUGGACGCUCACCCACUACAGCAAGUGCGUCUUCCUGGACGCGGACACCCUGGUGCUGUGCAAUGUGGACGAACUCUUUGAGAGGGGGGAGUUGUCUGCGGCCCCCGACCCCGGCUGGCCCGACUGCUUCAACAGCGGGGUCUUCGUGUUCCAGCCGUCCCUGGAGACACAUCGGCGGCUGCUGCGGCACGCCACGGAACACGGCAGCUUUGACGGGGCCGACCAGGGUUUGCUGAACAGCUUCUUCAGCAGCUGGGCGACCGCGGACAUCCGCAGGCACCUCCCUUUCAUCUAUAACCUGAGCGGCAGCACCGCCUACACCUACGGCCCCGCGUUCAAACAGUUCGGCGCCGGCGUGAAGGUGGUGCACUUCCUGGGGCCGGCCAAGCCGUGGAGCUACAAGUACAACCCGCAGAGCGGCUCGGUUUCGGAGGAGGGGUCCGGGCUGGACCAGCAGCACCAGCUGGCCUUUCUCAACGUCUGGUGGGACAUCUUCCACCGCAGCGUCCUGCCUCUGUACGGGAGCGUCCGGGACGCCGAGGGGCACGCGCCGGCCCCACGCACGGCUGGUGUCCGCGGCCCUGGGGUGCCCUGGGCAGCGCGUCCUGCGGAAGGGCAGUGUGCCAGCUCCGUGGCGGGGGCCAGCCGACCUUGGCCUUGGGACGACCCUGCGGAGCCCACCCUGGUAGUGAAUGAGGCCCCGCCCUCACCUGAGAGAGCCCGUAGGGAAGACAUGAUAGGUAAGCCCGGCAUUGAAGCUUCCGCAGGAGUGAUGUCUGACCCGGUCUCGGCUCCUUGCCCCCAAUCAGCAGAGGUCACACGGACCCCAAACAGCUCGCGUCCCGCGGAUCACACAGGAGGUGGCCCAUCCCACGCAUCUGUGGAACUGAGCUCGGGGACCCCUGUGGACGUCCCCAAGGACCCCAGCUCUGAGGACACGUUGGAGGUCGGCCUGGCCGUCUCGAUGUCCGAGAUUUCCAUCGAGGAGAAGGUCCGGGAGCUGAGCCCCGAGGAGGAGAGGAGGAAAUGGGAGGAGGGGCACGUGGAUUACAUGGGCAGGGACGCCUUUGCCCGCAUUCAGGAGAAGCUGGACCGCUUUCUGCAAUAG